CUCUUUCCUUCGCUAUCCAGAGGAUAAAAAACAAAAACCGAAAUAACCAAAAAUAACUAAAAAAAAGUUGAACAAAUAUAUACAUAAAUCGGAAUUCACAUUCCAUUUAUAUCACGGCACACUCCAAACCGGAGUUUUUCUCUAUAUUCGCGUUGAUUUUGAGGUUGUUUUCUUUUAGGUUCAGUUUGAGGAUCAUUGUCCUAGUUUCAAUUUUUCCUUCUUGUUGCCGUUCGGUUUGAUUGAUUGAUUGAGUGAGUGAGAGAGAGAUGGCUACAGCGGGAGUAGCAGCGGGGACUGUGGCGGCGGCGGCGGGGUUCGGAAAGGUGUCGCUGUACGUAGGGGAUCUGGAAGAGAACGUGAACGAGGAUCAAUUGUAUGAUUUGUUUAACCAGGUGGCUCAUGUGGCUUCCGUUAGGGUUUGCCGUGAUUUAAACAAGCGAUCUUCGCUCGGUUAUGCGUAUGUAAAUUACGCCAAUCCACAAGACGCUGCUAACGCCAAGGAGAUUUUGAACUUCACGUGCAUCAAUGGGAAACCUAUUAGGAUUAUGUAUUCUCAUCGAGAUCCUAGCACUCGCAAAAGUGGAUAUGCCAAUGUUUUUAUUAAGAACCUGGAUGCAUCAAUUGAUAACAAGGCAUUGCAAGACACUUUUGCUGCAUUCGGGAAUGUACUUUCUUGCAAAGUCGCUCUUGACAGCACUGGUCAGUCGAAAGGAUAUGGAUUUGUGCAGUUUGAAAAUGAGGAAGCUGCACAGAAUGCUAUUCAGCGGUUGAAUGGCAUGUUGUUAAAUGAUAAGCAAGUUUAUGUUGGUGUUUUUGUUAGACGCCAACACAGGGCUCAGAAAAGUGCUUUACCUAAGUUCACUAAUGUUUACGUCAACAAUUUGUCUGAAAAGACCACUGAUGAGGACCUUCAGAAAGUUUUUGGUCGUUAUGGUUCCAUCAACAGUGCGCUAGUUAUGAAGGACUCAAAUGGAAAGUCUAGAUGUUUUGGUUUUGUAAAUUAUGAGAAUGCAGAUUCUGCUGCUGCUGCAGUGGAGAAGUUGAAUGGAACCACCAAUGAUGACAAGGUUUGGUAUGUAGGCAGAGCACAAAAGAGAUCAGAGAGGGAGGCUGAGUUGAAAGCUAAAUUUGAACAGGAAAGAAUCAGUAGAUACGAAAAAUUGAGAGCUGCUAAUUUAUAUCUGAAAAAUCUGGAUGACAGCAUCAAUGAUGAAAAACUGAAGGAAUUAUUUUCUGAAUUUGGAACUAUAACAUCAUGCAAGGUCUUGCUUGAUCCAAAUGGGGUGAGCAAAGGCUCUGGUUUUGUUGCCUUUUCUUCGCCAGAGGAAGCCACAAGAGCUUUGAAUGAGAUGAACGGAAAGAUGAUUGGCCGGAAACCUCUUUAUGUUGGUGUGGCCCAACGCAAAGAUGAAAGAAAGGCUUUGCUGCAGGCACAUUUUGGUCAAAUCAGAGCACCAGGUGCAAUGGCACCCCUGGCUUCAGGAAUUCCUGGGUAUCAUCCUGGGGCAGCUAGGCUUGGUCCUCAGCAGCCUUAUUAUGGUCAAGGUACUCCUGGUUUAAUGCCCUCUCAGCCCAUGGGAUACAGUUUUCAGCAUCAAAUUUUUCCUGGUAUGCAUCCUGGUGGACCAAAUUUUAUACUACCAUACCCCCUUCAAAGGCAAGGACAGCCAGGUCAGCGGAUGGGGGGUGUGAGACGAAGUGGAAACCCCCAACAAAUGCAGCAGUCACAGGGACUUAGAUACCUGAAUAAUGCCAGAAAUGGAAUUGAUCCGUCUGUUGUUUCAAUGAUGCCAAUGUCCUUUGAUGCUUCUGCAAUGCCUGUGACUCCUAGAGAAGCCCCACGACCUGGGCCUGUACCAAUUUCAACACUGACAUCUGCUCUGGCAUCUGCCAGCCCAGCUGACCGCACAAGGAUGCUUGGUGAACAACUUUAUCCCCUUGUGGAGAGUAUUGAGCCUGCUCAUGUAUCGAAGGUGACUGGGAUGUUGCUGGAGAUGGACCAAACAGAGGUGCUUCAUCUCAUUGAGUCUCCUGAAGCUCUGAAGACAAAGGUUUCUGAAGCAAUGGCUGUACUCCAGGAAGCUAAAGCUAGAUCUGAUGUCAAUGAUAAGCUUGGCUUGCUGGCUCUGAGUGAAUAAAGUGCCUUGAUUCUUCUUCUCCUAAGGAGUUGUGUUUUUCUAUUUACGUAUACAGUUACAGAAUGUUUUUAUGUGAGUGGACAUUUAUUGUAGGAUUUGAUUUGGAAUAUUGGUAAAAUAGUAUUUUAAUGUUAUACA